GUAACGGACUCAGGUUUUUAUUUUUGGACUGCUAUGGAGCCUGUGCCUUCCAUUUGAAGGAAGGGGGAAUAGUUGAACUCAACAUGAGUGUCCCGUUCUGACAGUCCAAGCUGGGACAAGCAGGCAGCCGCCGGACACCCCUGAACAGCAGACAAACAGGGGACCUUGUCUGAAGUGUCUUCAACUGUCUUCUGUUACAGUCAUCUCUUGGGGGCUGAAGAUUUAAUGGCUGUCAAUAUUGGCAAUGUUGCCCAGGCAGGCCUGCUUUCCCAGCAGUACCCCCCACCUUUGUUUCCCAAACCUGGGAAAGAAAAUGUCCGGCUCCAGAAACUACUCAAGAAGACAGCGAAGAAAAAAGCUGCAGCCCAGGCCUCACAACCGUCGGUCCCCUUCCGCUCAAGCCUCUCUCCAGUAAAUGAAGCAAGCCCUGACCUGGAGCACAGUGAUCACUCAACUCCUCCUAAGACUCCAGAGACACCUAUCUACAUUGGCACGGUACACCCACGCUUCAACGUCAGACCACUGUAUCAGCAUGUGUCGUCUCCUUAUCCUCAUCACAAAGAAUUCACUUACGGCAAGACAGCAAGGUUUUCACCACAACCAUAUGCGGCUCCCCAACGCCUGUCUCCAGCAUUUCCAUACACAGCCUCAUCAGUACCAGGACUUGCCACACAUGCAACUGUUCCAGUCACUAUUCUACAAACUUCACAAAGAGUGGAAGUCAGCUCAAAUCUUACCAGUCAUGUAACCUCUAAAUCUCCAAGCCCUCAGCCAGCCACUUUGAAUGUUUCUAGAACAGCAAAACCAUUGUUUGAAGUUCCACAAAUCACCAAUUACACAGCAAAGACAGUAGGUGUGAGAACACCUCAUGCAUCACCAACAAGGAGUAAAACACCUACUGCAGAGUUACUGAAAGGCCCAGUGCCAACAUUUGAGGUUAGAAGGAUAGUGACACCAACAUCUGAAAUAAGAAGAGAAAGAACACCAACCAGAGAGAUCAGAAGGGUUAAAACACCAACAUUUGAAGUCAAGAGGAUUACAACCCCAACUUCAGAAAUUAAGAAAAGCCAAACUCCAACUUCUGAAGUCAAGAAAGAGACAAUUCCAUCUUCAGAAAUGAAAAGGGUCAGUACUCCUGCUUCAGAGACUAAACAAAAUGCAAUACUGACACCUGAGACAAAACGGGGUACAACUCCUACGCUUGAGGCAAAGGGGGCUACAACACCAACAAGAGUAAAGACACCAACAUUUGACUUUAUUUCAACAAAAACACCUUCAGGGCGUCCCAAGACACCUUCAGAUCAUGUGUCACGUGUUAAAGUAAAUGUGAUUGAGAUUUCAAGACCAAAUCCACUUUUAUUUGCUGUGUCUCCUGUGCACAUGGAGGGCAGAAGAUCCAAAACGCCAACCUCAAGUUUGACUGGUCCACACGAUGAAAUGUGUAAAAUAUCAAAUCAAGUGAAUGACACCAGUCAUACAGAAAUAUUACAAAAUGGGGACAUAGAUGUCAAAUCAACUGAACCAUUACAAGAAAAGCUGGAUAAGGCCACAGAAAACCUGUCAAAACUUGAGUCAUCAAAGCCAAAGACCCAAAUACAGGAAAGCCCAAAUGAGCAGCCAAAGCCUAAAACCCCAACGACACCCAAGAUUAAACCUGCACAGCCUGCUUUAUCCUCAGUUGGGUAUCAAAAAACGUUAUCUAGAGUUCCUCCAUUUGCAGGUCAAAGACCCAAAACACCAACAGCACCUAAAUCCAUAACAACUUAUUAUGGAUUGACUCCCUCUGAAUAUAUUGCCCAUGGAGGAAUAAAGAGUUACACACCCAGUUUUAGCAUUUCUACACCAACUGCACCACCAAGUGCAGAGACGACUCAUCUUCCAAAACAGGAACCAGUAGUACCUCAACCUGAUGUAAAUGUGACCAUGACGAAUGACAAAUCUGAGGUAAAGCCUAAAGAACAAGUUGAAGUCCAGCCACCUCAGGUUGGUGUUGUUAAAGAGGAAACCGCUGUGGUGGCUCCACCUCCAGAGGUUUCAAAGUUAGCAUCUGAGCCAGAAGCAAACUCUGUAAGGCACAUUCCCAAGUCAACUGUGCCAGAAUUAAAAGCAAAAAUUCCUGAUGUUAAAAUUCCAACUAUUGUGGUAUCUGUAGCUGACACACCACCAUCAAAAGCAAAAGCAGAGCCAAUAAGUACCGUGACACCAAGAGUUAGAACUCCAACCUAUGGAUCUCCCAGACUUUCCCAAAUGACACCAACCCCUCUAACUGUGAAGGUAACUCCGAAAUCUGAUAGUAAGGCUGUGCCAUUAUCUGACCAAGAUGUGGGAAAGCCAGCUCUUCAACGGUGUCAGAAGGUAAAGUUAAUGCCGAAACAACCAAAGUAA